AAUGCUCAUGUUUCCUUUAGCCUAUCCUGUAAUACGCAGCGCCUCUUUGAUCCCUUGCCAAAUCCUUUGGUGCAACCAAUCCAGCUGUAUGUUGACAGGUCGUGAUGAACUCUAGCCAUAGCACGAGCUGUGUGGGAAGUACACUUGCACCUUAACACACUCAAGUGUCACAUACUUUCAGCCCCUAUAGUACGGUAAAUAAACACCACUGUUGUGUGUUAUUAAAUUAGCCGUAAAGCUGACACGGUGGACGGCCUGCUUUUGUGAAGGGGCGUGUUCUCACUAUCUCGACCGAAAGCUCCGCUCUGUGUGUAUCUGGCGAGCUACAAACUAUCUACCCAGGCAAAGACGGUCGUUGUAUUCGAGGCUGUAAAUAGCCAGCUCCGUCAAAAAACAUCUCAUCUAACUCGGACUUGAUCAGAAGUUAGGGUGCGGUAAACGCAUCCAAAUUCAUGAGCACGCAGAAGACAUUUGAGGGAAAGAAACUAUGGAAGACUGAAAGAAAGAGGACAUUUUAUCGACGAGUUUUUACCGGCUUUACGGCCAAUCCGCCAGCUUGAAAAGAUUCGGGGUUCUCUGAGGACGGUUUUGCGGAGUUUCGGCUGGAAAACAAGGGUCAACAUACGAGGGGUUUUGUGGUGUGAGUGCCCAUGAGAAAACCACGACGGAGGGGAGGCCUGUCUGGGGCCUUAGACAGCCAAAGAAGCGAUGCCACCGGCAGUGGGCUAGCAGAGAAGGGGGCAGCAGAGAGGGGGGCACAGCGGCGGUCACCCUCUCCCUACCGGCUAAAGGUUUCACCUUCCAGAGAAACCCUGACGUACGCCCAAGCACAGAAGAUCGUAGAGGUGGACUUGGAUGGAAGGCUGCAUAGGAUCAGCAUCUUUGACCCGUUGACAGUCAUCACCGAAGAUGAAAUGACAGCUCAGGACAUUGCUGAGUGCAACAGCAACAAAGAGAACAGCGAACAGACCCUUGCGACUGCUAUCGUUAGCUCUCCUCGCAGAUCAGCUACUCACAGAGGCAAAAAGAAGGAUGUGAUGCAGUCCUCUUCGCAAAACCACUGCUCGGGCUCUCACGGACAAUCUCAGUCACAUUCUCACAGCCACCAUGGCUCCCUACCCGAGCCCACCUUUAGAAUGCUGGAGUCUUACGAACCAACGGAGGUUCCCGCUCGCUCCACGGCUUACUACCGCUACAUCGAGAAGUCUGGUGAAGAGUUGGACACGGAUGCGGAGUAUGACAUGGAUGAGGAAGACAUGGCCUGGUUGGAGCUGGUGAAUGAUAGGCGAGAUUCCGAAGGCCAGACGGAAGUUUCACCGGAGACGUUCGAGCUCCUGAUAGACCGUCUUGAAAAGGAGUCCUUCCUGGAAUCUCGAAGCCAAGCUCCCUCGCAAAGCGUGAUCGACGAAGAUGCCUUCUGCUGCGUGUGUCUCGACGACGAGUGUCUCAACAGUAAUGUCAUCUUGUUCUGUGAUAUCUGUAACCUGGCUGUGCACCAGGAGUGCUAUGGGGUUCCUUACAUCCCAGAGGGUCAGUGGCUCUGCCGCUGUUGCCUGCAAACGCCCUCUCGCCCUGUGGACUGCGUGCUGUGCCCUAAUCGGGGCGGUGCUUUCAAACAGACCAGCGACGGGCGGUGGGCACAUGUGGUCUGUGCCAUUUGGAUCCCUGAGGUGUGUUUUGCCAACACUGUCUUUCUUGAACCUGUCGAGGGCGUGGACAACAUUCCGUCGGCUAGGUGGAAGCUUACAUGCUACCUGUGCAAACAGAAAGGUCGUGGGGCGUCCAUUCAGUGCCACAAGGCCAACUGCUACACGGCUUUUCACGUCACCUGCGCGCAGAGAGCGGGACUCUUUAUGAAAAUAGAACCAGUCCGAGAGACUACCGUCAAUGGGACUACGUUUUCAGUGAAAAAGACGGCGUUUUGCGAGGCGCACUCGCCGCCUGCCAAGGACGGGUCGGAUGAUGAAGAAAACGGGGGGAGGGUUUUGGGGUGUAGAGCUAACAGGGGCCGCAGUGCCUACACUCAGACACCACCGCUGAAAAAGCGUGGAAGCAAUAAACUGGAUUCCAAACAGCAGCAGAAAAAGAAAGGAACGAAAGAUGAGGUGUCCAAACAUGUGGCAACACCUUUGGUCACUGUCCCAGAAAUACCCACUCACAGGUUGAACAAAAUUUCAAAAGAUGUUAUCAUACAGAAGAAGAGUCAGUUCAUGCAGAGACUGCACAACUAUUGGUUACUUAAGCGUCAAUCACGCAACGGAGUGCCUCUCAUUCGCCGUUUACAUUCGCAUCUGCAGGGCCAGAAGAGUCCAGAGCAGGUGGAGCCAGACGAAAAGCUGAACGCUGUAAAACAAGAGCUGAAAUACUGGCAGAAGCUUCGUCAUGAUCUGGAGAGAGCUCGACUCUUGAUAGAGCUCAUCCGCAAGAGAGAGAAACUGAAGAGAGAGCAGGUGAAGAUUCAUCAAGCUGUGACUGAGCACCAAUUAAUUCCAGUCCUGGUCCUCCUGCGGUCCACUUUAGACCAGCUUCAGGAGAAAGAUACUGCCAAAAUCUUUGCACAGCCUGUCAACUUGAAAGAGGUACCUGAUUACCUGGAGUUCAUCUCACACCCGAUGGACUUCUCCACUAUAAAAACCAAACUGGAGGCUCACAUGUAUCGCUCCGUUACUGACCUGGAGGCUGAUUUCAGUCUCAUGAUCUCCAACUGUCUCCUUUACAAUGCUAAAGACACCGUGUUUUUCCAAGCUGCAAUACGUCUGAGGGACCUAGGGGGCGCUAUCCUCAGGCACGCUCAGAGACAAGCCCAAAACACAGGCUUUGAUCUGGACACAGGCAUGCAUCUGCCCGAAUCGCCACACAAAAACAACUACUACCGCUGCACUUUGGAGGACGUGGACACGCUGCUAGACCCUGAUAAUCGACUGCACAUGACGACUGAAGACCAGCUGAGGGAGCUGCUAGAUAAAUUAGACGUGGUGACGACCAUGCGCCCGGGCGGUGCGCGCACUCGUCGCAUACGCCUGCUGCGCAGAGAAAUCAACAGGGUUCGCUACAGGCAACACUCGCGGAACUCGUACAUGCUCAAUGGAGACCUCAAAGAGGAAGACGAGGAGGAAGAUGAAGACAAAGAGAUGGAUGGUGAACAUAACCUGUCUGCAUCACUGUCAGACAAAGAUGACCUUAAAUCAACCCCUCCACCCACGUUGGAACCCACAGGCCUUGCCUUGUCUCCUCCCCCGGGAGACACCCCCCGGGAUCCUCCCACCCUCCGACCCAUGACGUCUGACCCCAGGACCACCCCAUGCCCACCAAAGCGCCUCAGACUCAACAGCGAGAGUCAAGAAGCGGAUUCAAGCGCCACCCCUGUCAACAGCUGCACCAAACCCGAAGAUCCUUCGCCUGGUAGCGAGAACAAACUCAUCAACGGCCUGUCCUCCAACGAGUCACCGUCCCGGCCCACGACGGGAGUCGGGCGGCGAACGUCCGUCCUUUUCAAAAAAGCAAAGAACGGAGCGAAGCUCCAACGUGAGAGAGACAAUCAGAUGCAAAAUGGAAACAAGGAAGAAGCUCUCAAAGCUGAGACGGUCUCUGCACGCACAACCACCAAGAACGAAGCUUGGGCCCAGCCAACACCUCCGCCCAUAUCAACCCCAGCCAAACAGAGAACGAGAAGCAGGAGUCGGAGCCCAGAGCUGGAGAGAACUCCUCCUCGACUCACUCUUGAGCCUGCUCUUACAAACGGAUUCAGAAAGCACAAAGACGGCAGUUCUGACUCAGAAUGCAGCACAUCUCCGACACUCAGAGAACUCGUCUCGCCGCCUAAAAAAAGUCGGGGGAAACCUGCACUGUCCAAAGUCCCAUUCUUAGAUACUGUUAACGGAGAUGCCGACUACACCGGGACCGAUGUGCUGUCAAAUGGGGACCUGCCUGAGCCUGAACCUCUGGAUCUGGUGUGGGCUAAAUGCAGAGGGUAUCCAUCUUACCCUGCUCUGAUCAUAGAUCCAGACAUGCCUCAGGAGGGUCUGUUGCAUAACGGUGUGCCCAUCCCCGUGCCCCCUCUCGAUGUGCUGCGCCUAGGGGAGCAGAGACAGGAAGAGGCUGGCGAGAAACUCUACCUCGUUCUCUUCUUCGACAACAAGCGCACCUGGCAGUGGCUUCCACAAGAUAAGGUACUUCCUCUCGGCGUGGACGACACGGCUGACAAGCUGCGUAUGAUGGAGGGCAAGACGACUAGCAUCCGGAAGUCCGUGCAGGUGGCUUAUGACCGAGCUGUGAUUCACCGGAGUCGUGUUCGGGAAGAAAAUGGUUUCGUCGGUUCUAACUUUCUGUAGAGAAGCGCCAAGCCCAUCUGUCCUCAUUGACCACUCACACGGGCGUGAUCUUAAAAUGACUCUGUGUUGACCAUUGUAACACCAGCCAUUUGGUUACACACCAGUUUCCGGAGCAUUUUAGUUUAUCGAUUGUGUUAAGGACACAACUGUUUGGUAAAGGGCUGAUUUUAGAUUCGGUUUGAGGUUUGUUGAUGGUUGAAGGUGGUUUGAGUUUGUGGGGUGAGGACUGCAGUUUCUGUCAAUAAUUUGUGUUUUAUCUGUCUAAACCACCUAGACAUACCGUUUUAGCCUUUGGGUACAUUCAGAGCAAUUCAUUUCUGCAAAUAAUCAUUUUAAAUGAACGAAUGAACUUAAAUAAUCUAAACGUUUGAAUGAAUCACUGCCAUUUUCUUGUAUUAGCUUUUUAACGUUUUACAAACCACUUGUAUAUUGUAAAGACACUCAUGUAUAUAUGUUUUUUUUAUCAUAUAGUAUCUAAAUUAAUUUUUUUCUCUUUAUUGUUAAAUAAAAUGCAUGGGAGGUAUGAAGAUAUGAAGAAGGAUCUGUACAUACGUGAACAGACUUCUUAGAAAGCCUACCUUGCUUGUGAUAUCAAAGAGUGCGAGUAUGUCCAUAUAUAUGUACAUUACUGGCAUACGUUGUAUGUAUGUGUAUAUGUACCAACUCGCAGUUGUCUAUGGUUAAAUAUAUAUUCUCAUUUUUUGAUAUACAAAAAAAUGUCAUUUAUUUAUGGACCGCAAAGUUAAGGAAUUAAAUUAUAUUGGUGGAGAUGGAAAUCAAAUCUCUUAUUUAAGGUAAACUAUCAAAUAGGCUUUUAAGAUCUAACUUCACGUGAGCAUUCAGACUCUUCUGGUUCAGUUCUUUUUAAUAUUUAAGGUGAAAUGCUGGAGAGAUGUAUCGUACACUUGCUGUUCGACAGUACAAAUCGGUUUCACCAUCAAGCACAGAACCUGUAUUUAUUGUAGAAAGUUGUGCAGCUUUUGUCACUGUUUAUAAGAUGGAACCUCGAUGAGAUUUUAAGCUUGUACAAACUGCAGAUUUUACCAACCAACCUAAUAAUCUGUUCCAACAGUAUUUUCAUGUGGGAGAAAUAAAUGUUCUAUUGAAACUA